AUGGAGUCAGACCGAGACCAGCAUUCCACAGGCUGUAGGUUCCCGUUCUUGGGCCUCCGUACAAACAAAGUCUUCCCUCAUAAUAAUGAAGAGGAGACUCUCCAGCAGCUUCAGCCAGAGAGUGUUUCCAACAUGGAAAAGAGGCAGAGGAAGCUGGAAGAGGGGAGGAGGCAGCAAGACUGUGAGACUCAGAUGUCCACUAGAAAGAAGAUCAGAAAGGCGUGCAAGAGAGACCUUGGCACCGAGGAGAUGACAGUGAAGGAAAUACAAGACAAGAAGAUCAGCGAUUUGAUGAAGAUACUGCACCAGCAAAGGACAGAAAUUAAAAGGUGCAUAGAGGUGGAUGAAGCUCUAGAGCAAGAGCUGAAAGAAAAGAGAGAAAUGUUGUCAAGGAAAAGGAUGGAGUACAAAAAAGCCAAAGAGAGAGAUGCAAAAUUGAGGAGAGACCUCAACAUGAUGAAAAAGAGAAUUGCUCAGCAAGAUCAAAAGACAGAGGAAGAAAGGACACAUCUCGAGCAGAUUGACUAUUUGCACAUUUUCAACGUCCUCACGGUCCUAAAGUGUAGGGAGCAGAUGUACCACACAGAAGAAAGGGCCUUUAUUGAUGGACCAUCAACGUCCUUCCUCGCUGAGCCCACCACAUCUUUUAAUGUGAGCGACAGUGAGGAGAGUGAGGAACCUGGCUCGGAGAUUGAGUCUUUCCAGGAACCAGAAGCAGAGGAACUGGCCUCAGAGACUCCAAAUAACACAGAAGAAAAGUGUGAGAACAGUCCGAGGCCAGAACCGUCUGCUUUCAGAUGUUUCAGCAGGUUCCGGUUUCCUAAGAUCAGGAUACCAAAGUUCAGUUUUAAGGUACGUUUAUUCACCUUACCCCUGUGUUAA